UUUUAUUAACCAGACCUAUGCGUAUUUUUGCACGUAUACCCAACUCUUCCGCUUAUAAAUGCUUGUCCUCCUUAAUUUAUAAUUUAUUGGAGUAUUUUUGUAAAGUGCGCUUUAUUGUGUACAUGUGCAAAGGUUUGUGCGUCAUUUUUGACAAUUCUGACACCAUCAGCAGGGGUCGAAGUGUUUAUUCUGAUCUGAUUUUUUGCUACUAGUGUUUCUCAGUGUAUGAUAUUUCAUAAUUUAAUAAAGGAUGAAUUCAUUGCUCAACACUUUAUUAAUAAAGACUCAACAUAUAUUAUUAAGUUCUCAAAAUAACAAUGUUUACAGUGUCAGAAAAGAGCACGCAAAAUUUGAAGGUACAGGUCACAGGGUUAACAAUUUGGAAAAGAAAUUUUUAGUAUGGACUGGUAAAUACAAGACUGUUGAAGAAGUGCCCAAUUAUGUGGCUCAAAAUGUCGUGGAACGAGCUAGAAAUAGAAUGCGUAUCAGGAUUGCCAAUUACAUGAUGGCUGCUACAGCUUUAGGAUGUCUUGUAAUGGUUUAUUUAGGUAAACAAGCGGCACAAAGAGGGGAAAGUGUUUCACAACAAAAUAUUGAAUGGCAUCGCCAAAUUAAUGAGGAAGCAAAGAAGGGAAAGUAGAUUUUUUSUGGUUGUACAUAUGUAUUUARACUAGGAAUACUAAGAUUUACGAUAUUUAAUGCCCCUUGUAAAAUAUGUUUAUAAUAGAAUAUUGUUAUUCAUUUUGCGCCAAUAAAGUUUUCAAACAUA